CGCAGCGCAGAGCGAUGGAGUCCUCCUGGCUGGAGACGCACUGGGCGAGGCCCCUCCACCUGGCGCUGGUGUUCUGCUUGGCCCUGGGGCUGCUGCAGGCUGUCAAGCUCUACCUGCAGAGGCAGCGGCUGCUCCGAGACCUGCGCCCCUUCCCCUCGCCCCCGAGCCACUGGUUCUACGGGCACCAGAAGAUAAUUCAGAAUGGUGGAAUGGAGAAGCUCCGGGAGGUUAUAGACAAAUACCCGCGUGCCUUUCCUUUCUGGCUUGGGCCCUUUCAGGCGUUUUUCUAUAUUUAUGACCCAGACUAUGCAAAGACUCUUCUGAGCAGACCAGAUCCCAAGUCCAACUUCCUGUACAAGUUCAUGGAUCCCAUCGUUGGAAAAGGACUCUUGAAUCUGAAUGGACCUAAGUGGUUCCAGCAUCGUCGCCUACUGACGCCCGGACUCCAUUUGAACGCCUUGAAAUCGCAUGUGGAGAUAAUGGCCCAUUCUGUGAACACAAUGCUGGGUGAGUGGGAGAGGAUUUGUGGCACUGAGGACACGCUUCUGGAGAUCUCUGCGCCCGUCACCUUGCUGACCCUGGACAUAAUCAUGAGAUGCGUCUUUGGCUUGGAAACCAACUGCCAGAUAAACAGCACCUAUGAUCAUUACAUAAAAGCAGCAAAUGAAGGCAGCAAUAUAAUUUUUUACCGCUUGUACAAUUUCUUAUAUCACCAUGACAUCAUUUUCAAGUUCAGCCCGAAGGGCCACCGCUUUCGGCAGUUAAGGAAGAUACUGCAUCCCUACACAGCAAAGAUAAUCCAGGCUGGAAAGAAUUCCCGCAUGAAUCAACACGGUAACACUCAGAAGAGGAAGUACCAGAAUGUUCUUGAUAUUGCCCUUUCUGCUCUGGCUGAAAAUGGUGACAGCUUCUCAGAUACUGACCUAUGGUCUGAGGUAAACACAUUCCUGUUGGCAGGGCAUGAAACCAUGACAGGCGGCCUUACCUGGCUCCUCUACCACCUGGCUCUGUACCCUGAGCAUCAGGAGAGAUGCCGGGAAGAGAUCAGGAGCAUCCUGGGUGACGGGUCUUCCAUCACCUGGGGCCAGCUGGGUGAGAUGCCAUACACCACGAUGUGCAUUAAGGAGUCCCUCCGCUUGGCACCUCCAGUCCUCUCCUUUUCCAGAGAACUCAGCAAGCCCAUUACCUUCUCAGAUGGACGCUCCUUGCCUGCAGGAAUGACUGUGGUUUGCAGUAUCUGGGGGCUCCACCACAACCCUGCCAUCUGGGAAAACCCACAGGCCUUUGACCCCUUGAGGUUCUCUCAGGAGAGUAAUGACAAGAGGCACUGCUACGCCUACUUACCGUUCUCAGCUGGACCAAGGAACUGCGUGGGGCAGCAGUUUGCGAUGGCUGAGUUAAAGGCGGCCGUCGCCUUGAUUCUGCUCCGCUUCUCACUGACGGCAGAACCCGCCAGGCCUCUCGUCUCCAGGCCCAAUAUUUUCCUCAAACCCAAGAACGGGCUCUACUUGCACCUGAAGAAACUCGCCUAAUGCCAGCCCAGAGACUGCUCUCCUGUUUGGCCUGGGCCAGUGGCCAUCCAGCUGGUACGUCUCCUAGUAGAGAGGAAAUGCCAGUUUAACCUCUGUGACGAUGAGAACAGGACAGCACGGAUAAAGCUGCCUAGUAGCCAACCAUGUCACCAGGAGAUGGAUUUGAUUUCACGACUUAGACUAAAAAUGAGUUGAUCUCAUUGAGAUCUAAGGAACUGGUGAAAUGUGCGGACGGUUGACUUUGAAUUCUUAGCCUCUGCCGUCUGUUUCUUAGCCUACUCCUCACAGCCAUCCAGCGCCAGGAAGAGGAAUGUGCACGUGAUCUGCGGGAACGAGGUGCCAACCCAGAUCUCGUGGACGUCGCUGGCACUGCUGCCCUCCGCCAUGCUCCUUUGGACAGAAUAUCUCCAUCUCAGCAAAGCUGCUUUCAAUACAAAGCUAAUAUUGAAGGAAGAAACAAGGUUUCCCUCAACUAAUUUCAUUUUGUUAAAUACAUGUUGUUGGUUUUUGUCACAAGGGUUUUAUUUAUGAUGAUAUUAUACUGAACACUAUCCGUCAGGCCCUGAUCCCACGGAAAGCUUGUCAGAGGGGCAGAGAAAGGUGAUGCCCACGGAAAGGGCAACGCUUUAUCUCCCAGCCACCCUUUACGCCAGAAGGAAACACUUCGCCAUAGAAGGAAAGGCUCAGCCUCCACACCAUGGGGUCAGCAUUUAACUCGCGCACGAAAAGCUGUACCGAGGAACUGCAGAGUCGAAGGUGAUGGCAGCACAGCUUACUUCAGUUAGACUCGAAGGGGAACCUCCGGCCUGGAGUUGGUUUUGCAAAAAGGCUGCGGAGAUCUAGCUUGAGUGUCACCUGUUAGUAAGACAGAGACGCAGGGCGUUGGGAUGGUUUUCAAGGUGACUUGCCUCCCGCUCAGAGUGACACGAGCAGAAAUACUACUGCUCAUUGUGCUUGGGAGCCAUCAGAUGGGACUGCUGCUGGCAUCUCCUCCUCCGGCCCAGGGUAGAGGAGCGGGGUUGGGGGGGUGCAGAGAGCUGUGACCCUCUGUUCUCCUACCUGAUCCCCUUGGACCGAGCCCACAGGUGAGUCAGAUGCCUGGAGCAGCGGGACUUGCACUGGGGCGUGGAUGGGAGGCAUCUGCCUCCCCUCUAGAUCUGGCCCAGGGCCUGGCCCCCCCAGCUUGGCCCUCCUCCCAGUGUUAAGUUCCCAGCAGUACAUACAGUGGCCAGGAGCUCGGGCUUAAGAUUCGUGCAGGCUCUGGUUCAAACGCCAGCUCUUCUUCCCACUGCGUGUGGGACCACUUGGCCUUGCAGAUGCUCCGCGCACUUGCCAGGAGAAUUGGUCCUGUCAUGCCUUCCCUGCGAGGCUGCUGGGGAGAUGCAGACACGAUGUAUGUGUCUGAGACUCGCCGGAAGUUCUCUAGGCUCAGCCCAGAAGCCAUUUCUGGGAAGUGUGUCCCCAACCCCUGGGUUAAGGGUUUCCUCUGUGCUACCCCAGCCGUCUCUGCACUCACCACCCUGUGUGGUCUGUUCACUGGUCUGUGUCCGGCCCCAGGUCUGGGCGCUCCUCAAGGGCAGGCCUGGGCUGACUUUCCUCUCUGACCACCAGCACCCAGGUCAGGGCUGAGCCCAGGGAAGGGAAACCUGCGGGGUGGGAAGAGACCCAGAGGAAGGGGCUAAACCCAGUCAUCUGUCCAGCUGUAUGUCUGUCCAUACCCCUCAGACACACACCUGCACCUGCUCGCACAAGCCCUUUCCCCUGAAGGUCCCGGGGUCAGGGAACCCUGAUGCUCCAUCUGGUCUUCAGUGGGUUGGGGAGGGGCUGCUCUUCUUCUGCCUGUAGCCUCGGCUGCCACCUGGUGGCUGCAAUGGGAAGGGCAGAUUCAGCAGAGCCUUUGAACUUCACACCUUUAGGGGACUCUUCCCCCUUAAGCGCUGGGACCAGAGGCUUUUCCAGGGCCUGGCCCCAGGGACCCCAUGGGUUGUGCCAGCACGUUGCACCGUGGGCUUCAAGGGCAGCAUGGCCUCCAGCGCCCCCUCCUUGUGUCAUUUGUGUGGUGUAACUUGCAGCUCCAGUUCAAAUUCUAUGCCCCCAUCUGGACUUCCAUAUGCUGGGGGUGUGCCCAAAAAAGGAAAAAAAAAAAGAUUUAGAGUAAAGGAGUAAAACUUUUGUGGUGCCCUGCUCCCUCGAGACCCUGGCCCCCUGGAGAAGCAGAGCAGAGGGAGUUUGAUGAGAGAGAAGGGUGGAGGGAGGACAAGGCCAAGUCCCACUCUGGGCCUGAGCAGCCUGGAAGACGGUAGAGCCACGGAGGACCCCCAGUUGGGUUGUGCAGGCCUCGGCUCUACCUGUAACCUGGUGAGACUGCAUCUGCCUGCGGGGAGGGGCGCCUUUUUCUGAUUCGCAUACGGGCACCAUUCAGGCUGGCGCACAGCACGGAGAAUGGCAGGUGGGUGCCCGAGGACAAUCAGGAGCAUGUGGGGUGAGGAUGCAUUUGGACACGUGGCGUCUUGGAGCUCGUGGCACGUUACAGGGAGCAGACUGGGGGCAGCUGGGUGCACAGGAAAGACCUGAAGCUCCGUUGAGCAGGUAGUAAUUGAGCCAGAGAUUGUGUCUUCUAGUUGGCUGCCCACUGGGAGGGUGAAAGGCCAGGUCUGGGCCAGGCAGCCUGCACACAGCCCCGCUCUGACGCUAAUGUCAUGUGACUUUGGAUCAAUCGAGUCACCUGAGCUCCAGUUUCCUCCUCCCUAGACUGGGGGCAGUACAUGGUGUCUGUCUAAUAGGAGGUGUCGUGAAGAUGCAAAGAAACGUGUUUUUCUCUGCACAAAACACACAGAAUAGGGCCAAGUAUACAGUUAGUGCACAAUAACUGUUAGCUUCUGUUUUUCCAUGGCUAUUGUUAUGCUGAAAGGAUGGACUCAGCUGGAUGCAGGAGCACACUGCAAAAUCCUAGCCACCUUGAACUGGAGCAAGGCCCCUCACCCCCCACCCCUAUGUCCUCAGCCAGCCUUUGGUCUGCAGAGAACUUUAGCCAAAGAAUAAGUGUAAUCGGAGAGGUGAGAAGAUGCAGAACCCAAGGAAAACAGUCACGACCAAACAAUACCAAAUAAUGAUGGUUCAGCCCUUACGCAGAGUCAGGGACCUUUAGUUUCUCCUCACGGGCUGCAGGUGAUGCUCGGAACCACAUCCUCCGCGCUGUCUGUCGAUCGCGGGGCCCCACCAGGUGGAAGAAGGGAACCACAUGCCCACCAGACUGUAGCCAGGACAUCAGCUGCCACGAUUCCGACUCAGAGAAACGGGACCAGGCUGACCCUGGAAGGAAGAUGCGCGGCGCUCCGUCAAGGGGGCUGCUCAGGCCGCGGCGCGACCAACACGCUGACUGCUUGUGGUCCCCUGCGUCUGUUUAUGCCCCUGAAGCUCUCCUUUAAAAGCUCUUGCCCCCCGAUGGUCAGGGGGGUGAGGGCGCCUGUGGACACAAGUCCAGCCUCCCCCGUUUGCCGACCUUGGGGAUAAAGCAAAUGUUCCUUCCCACCCAGCUCGCCUCUCUUUAUUGGCUUUGAGCGGCGAGCAGCCAGACCCCCGGUUUAGCCCCUUUUACUGAUAUUGUGCUGUGAAAGCUGAAGCCCAAGGAAAGGUUGGCUUCUGCCCGAGGUCACGUGACAAGCUCGGGCGAGCCUCUGCAUGGCUGGUGGGGACGGAACGUGCUGGACCCGGCUGCUCUCCUGGACCUCUGGACGCACCAACAUAAGGGGGCUGGUUCGUUCUGCGUUGCUGAGCCGGUACAGUUAGGUAGGGGGACUUUGCAGAUGAAUAACCGGGCUUCAGACCAGUUCUGUGAGAAAAUGCAGAAACAAAGGAAAACAGAGCCCCUGCAUAGGACAAGGCUCAGUAUUUGUUCGGUGAAUGAGUAUGUGUCAGCUAGUCCCAGCUCAGCCACUCAAAUAAAUUGCAUGAUCUUGGGAAAAUCA